AUGGGAAAACCUAACUGCCAUGCAGAGAAAGAGUUGAAAAAGGGGCCAUGGACUCGAGAUGAAGAUCAGAAGCUGUUGGCUUACAUUAAACAACACGGCCAUGGCAACUGGCGCUCUCUCCCAGAUAAAGCAGGGUUAGAGAGGUGUGGAAAAAGCUGCAGACUGAGGUGGACAAAUUAUCUGCGACCCGAUAUUAAGAGAGGAAAGAUGAGCUCUCAUGAAGAGCAGACCAUUAUUCGACUCCAUGCGCUUCUCGGCAACAAGUGGUCAGCAAUAGCAGCCCAGCUACCCAAAAGAACCGACAACGAGAUAAAAAACUACUGGAACACCCGCCUCAAGAAACGUCUGGCCCGAAUGGGGAUCGACCCGACCACCCACAAGCCCAAGAACACCAACUCGGCCCAAUCCCAACACUCAACCAUCCUCAGCCACAUGGCCCAAUGGGAAGCCGCUCGCCUAGAGGCCGAGGCCCGCGCCUCUCGCCCCCACCAACUCCGCCGUUUUCCCAUCCGGCCGCUGCCGCCCAGGCACGUGGCGGCAAUGCCACCGUGCCUGGACGUGCUGAAGGUCUGGCAGGCAACUUCUGGGAAGCUCGACUCUCCAACCUCUACUCUCAACUUCUCCAAUAACAAUAAUGUUACGGCUCCUUUAGCCCCUACGCUUGGGAUGGAAAAACCGACGUGCGGCAACAUUGAGCUGGAGGGCAAAAUGGACAAUUUGUCGGGUCUAGACUAUGCGAAUCUUGUGUACAAUAACGUGGAUUGUGAUGCGGUGGGUGCAUUGGACCUUGUCGCACCCGAUCGUGGUCGGGAAGGUGUUGGGGAGUUUGAGGAUGUAAGGAACUAUUGGAAUGACAUACUUAACUUGAAAAUCACUCCGACGUCCCUGGCGGCCAGUGCGGCGGAGACGGAGACCUUCCCCGUUGACCUUCUGAAAACUCGCCUCCGGCUUCACGGCGAAUUGAUGCGGCCUUCAAAGUCGCGCAAAACGAUGGCGUUUUGGGGUUGGAUAAAGCCUCGUCCCCUGCAAUUCUCCGGCGCAUGUUCUUCACUCCGACUCAAAUUGUUUCGCUACACGAGCAUUUGCGCCGCCGUACUACGCAAUCGUCCGGCUAUUCGCUUCUGUUCCACAGCAAAGCAGUCGACAAACAUGGCAACCGCGUCGUCCGACCACAAAAGGCGAGCCUCGAAUUCCGACGGCCAGAGCAACCCUAGGUCGCGAGCCCCAAACCCUCUCUCCGUUCCAGAGUCGCGUCUUCUGUGGAACUCAUCGGCGUUUCGAGACAUCCCGACGAGUUCGAGCUCACAUCUGACUUCCGAUGACCCUCCUCAGCAUCUGACCUCGAGCCGCGACUGGCGACCAUCACAGCACCACAGAGUCGACCGAACUCAAAAUGUUCGACUACGUACAUAG